AGUACUAUACUACUACUAUUGCCCCACCACAUCUCGAAGAAGUUGAGAAUUUGACAGCUACGAAAAUAUUCUUCCUGCUUGUGACCGUCAAGUGCCCCACUGCCCAUUAUUCCUCUUGCUUAGCUUCAUAUCUGCCAUCAUGGUUUAUGUAGAGCUGUUGGACGAUUUUGAGAAGAUGGCUGAACGAAUAUAUUUAAAUUCGCCCAUGAAAACAAGAUGUACCAUGAAAUAUGAUCACAGCAAUACUUGCCUGAAGGUUAAAGUUACUGAUGACAGAGCUUGUGUCCAGUACAAAACUGACAGUCAACAAGAACUGCGGAAACUUGAGAAACUCAUAAGCAACAUGAUGAAGCACAUGGCAUCAGGAGAAAGAUAACCGAAGGAUUUCUACCAAGAAUCUUAGGCUACAUUUUUUGUAUGAUACUGAAAAUAAAAUGCUAUAAAAUAUUUAAA